UUAUUUCAGAGUAGUGUUCCAAUGGUUUUUUUAAGUAUGAUUAUUCGUCAUUCCAUACCAUGCAAUUAUUGUGCAGUACAGUAUAUUAUUGAAAACAAUACUGUAUAUCUUGAUACAUUUUCCUCUUGAAUCAGGUUCUUUUAAACAUGCGUCAAUAUAAACAUAUCAUAAAAAUGCAGUAUUUAUCAUUUCUCUAUGUUUUGUACAGAUAUCAAUGAAUGUCUAAGCAAACCUUGUAAAAACAAUGGGACGUGCCAGAACCUGGAUAAUGCCUUUUCCUGUCAGUGUGCUCGUGGAUGGACGGGCACCAACUGUGACCAAGAUAUAAAUGAAUGCCUUACAAGCCCUUGCAAAUACGGGAGCAGCUGUAAUAAUACCCCGGGGUCAUUCACCUGUGAAUGUUUAACAGGCUGGACUGGACUCCUCUGCUCAGAAAAUGUUAAUGACUGCAUGUCAAAUCCUUGCAUGCACGGUCAGUGUGUGGAUGGAGUCAAUGUAUUCUUCUGUGAAUGUGCCAAGGGAUGGACAGGAAACUUCUGUGACAAAAACGUUGACGACUGCAAUGACAUGCCGCUGUGCCUAAAUGAUGGAACUUGCAACGAUCUUGUCGAUGGAGUCAACUGCACUUGUGCCCCAGGGUUCAUGGGAGAAUUCUGCGAAUAUAAUAUUGACGACUGCCCUGGAAAUACAUGUCAGAAUAAUGCAACAUGUGUGGAUGGCAUUGGCAAUUUCACAUGCAGAUGUUUAGAUGGAUGGAGUGGUGAUACCUGUUCCAUUGAUACUAACGAGUGCGAAGGAGGGUCCUUCCGGUGCCAUAGAACCCUGGGGGUCUGUAUCAACACACCUGGCUCUUACAGUUGUCAGUGUAUCGCUGGCUAUUCUGGAGACGGCAUCGAAUGUUAUGGUAAAAUUUACACAACUACUGUAUUUAAAGCAACCUUUUACAUUUGCUUAUCAAUUGACUCAUAUAUUCUUUGGUUCUUCCGGUAA